AUGGCAUCAGCACCACAAGUGGCAGCCAAUCCUCCCUUGAACUUAUGUGCUACUUCAAAUGCUGGUGUCUUUUCGACAGGUACUAGUUCGACAUAUAUGUCGAAUGGUCUAUGCUAUGACACUUGUAAUAACCAGGGUUAUGCUGUAGCUAUAUUACAAGGAGAAAAUUGCUGGUGUGGGAAUGAUGUUCCUGAAAAUACUGUGGAUUCACUGAAUUGUGAUGUUCCUUGUCCAGGUUACCCAAGUGAUAUGUGUGCUCAACUUGGUUAUUAUGGAUACAUUGUCAUUGGAAUGCCUAGUGCUACUGUUGGUGGUCAAACUAGUUCAACUUCAAAAAAUACACCAACUAGCACAACUGGAAGUAAUAACAACAAUAACAAUAACAAUAACAAUAACAAUAACAAUAACAAUAACAAUGAUAAUGACGAUACAACAACGGUUGACACUGAAAAUGUUACUAAUAACGUUUAUGUUACCAAUAACGUAUAUGUAACGAAUAAUGUAUUUGUAACAAGUAUGAAAACUGGAACUACUAUGAAGACUGGAACUACUUUGGUUACUAAUACUCAGACAGGGACCACAUUAGUCACUAAUACUCAGACAGGGACCACGUUGGUCACUAAUACCCAAACUGGCACAACUAUGGUAACUCAAACCACUCAAAUGACAGGUUUGGUAAGUCCAUCGACAAGUGGUCUACCCAGUUCUAGUUCUAGUUCUAGCUCUAGCUCUAGCUCUAGUCCUAGCUCUAGUUCAUCAACCACAAUUUACCAAACCACUGUUUAUUCAGUAAUGACAGUUAAUGGUACACGUCAGGAUGUGGUAUCAACUUUGUAUGUAACACAUACUGCUUCACCUGUAAUACAAACCUCCGAUGAUCCUGCUAGCACUUCAAGCUCAUCUACAUCAAUUGCUACUGCUUCUGCUUCGGCAUUAACUUCAGGUUCUGGUGAGAAUUCUUCUUCAACUAAUGGAUCUACAACCGGGGGCUCGAAAUCAUUUUUUGACUCUAAAGGUAAAGUUGCUGGAACUUUCACUGCAGUGGGAAUUGUUAUUGUAGGACUUGUAGCUGGAAUUUUAUACUGCUGCUUAUGUGCUCGUAUUUGUGGAGGACGUCGUGGUCAUGACAUGGAUAAUGAUGGUUUUACUGAUGAAGAGAACCAAUACUCUAGUGAAGAGCUUUCCAUUGGUGGAGGUAGUGGUAACGAGAAGCCAUCAGGUGUAAUUCAAAUGAUGACUCCAGCUGCUUUACUCGCUAGACACGGUCAUACGAACCUGAUUUCUAAAGGUGAUAAUGUCAGUGUAAGUACAACUACCAUUAAAAGAGAAAAUUCUAGUAAAUCUAUCUUUUCAUUCUUGAAUGGAGGUGGUAGUCAAGGCUCUUCACCUACUAUUGUAGGCUCUGAUUUAGGACGGAGUUCAUCAAGAAAGAAGUUGGUCAAUCAUGGAAAUGGAAGCAAACAUGGUAGUCUAGAUCUGAAUAAUCUUAGUAAGGAGCUACUGAUGUUCCCACCAAUUGCUGAAUGGGAUUCAAGACUAGAUCCGGACACGAUGUUUUUAAACAACAAUCUUAGUAAUAAAUCACUCGAUGAUGAAGUUGAUUAUUCAAGACCCAUUUUGAAGAUAAUGAAUCCUGAGUGA